UUGAUGAAAUGUGUGGUUGAACAAUUGAUAAAAGUUGGGAAGCCCAUGAAAUAUGGUUAAAAACAAGUUCGAAAAAAUGGGGGCCAAAUGGGGGCUAGAUUAAUUAAAGAAGAAAAAGUUUGUCUUACCGAACCGUAUGGUAAAGUAGUUGUAAAGAGGGUGAUUGGAGAAGAGUGUUUGCCAGUACACUAAUAAACAUGUUACAUGCAUUAUUAUCAAAGACUCGACAUGCCCAUAUACAAGUUCAGGAUCUGGACCCAUGCACAGCAUAUAGUCCUCAUGAAAUGGGAGAAAAUGACCAGUAAAAUAUGCCCCACUUAUUCACGCUAGAUCUGACCCACGUUCUCUCAGCAGAAAAAUUAGAAACAGUCUAUAUAUAUAGUUGCACACCCAUUACCUCUCUAAAAACUCUAGCCUGAAGAGAGCCAACUUGGGUCUCUAGAUAUUUUCUACAGUUAGCUCUCAUUUAUGUUUUUGUUGUUAAGACCUCUUCUACUACAGACGUGUUGUCGACCCCAAACUUAUUGAGAACAAACAAACUGUAGGUUUCGGGUCCAGUCCUUGUUUCCUUUUUAUUCCCUGUGGCACUAAAUAGCAAACAUUGUCCGGCAUGAUCACCGGAACCCAAAAAAGCGAUUAUUUAAUGCCAGAGCCCUUAGUCAUCAGCCAAAUAUUUGGAUUGCUGUGAGUACUGUCUUUCCUAUUCUCUUCUGUUGCAUUUUGCAUAGCUCCACUCCCCUUAAAAUCUAAAUAAGGGAAAAAUAUACAAUAUCUUUCUGUUGACAAAACCAAAAUUCAUUAGAAACUUUGCAUUGCAUGUAUAUAUGACAUAAACAUGUUGAAUUUUUGAAUCAGGUAACUAUCUUCCUGUAAAUGGAACUCCACAGGCAAGAUAAAAAUAGCAAGAUUUGAAAAUUGGUAUAAAAAGAAGUAACAGAAAUGUGUGCAAAAGUAGUACCUUCAUUCACAGACGAGAACCGGGAUCUGAGGAAACAGAUAGGGUGUAUGAAUGGGAUAUUUCAGCUCUUUGAUCGCCACCAUUUCCCAUCACGCAGGCACAUCAGCAGCCAAAAUCACAAAAGACUACUUCCAGGUGCUCACCACAAUAUGGAUCCUAGACAUGCAACAGAAACAGCAAAUGAUGAGCGGCUGGCACUACCUCGUUUCUCUUAUGAUGGAAGAGAAUCACAAGAUACUUUGAAUUCUACCAUUCAGCGCAAAGAACUUCCCAGGUUAUCGUUGGACAGUAGAGCCAGUACUGUGAAGAGUUCAGCCCUUCAAUCCAGAUCGAACUUUCUUUUACAGGAUCUGCAAAUAGGAAAUGAAAACUCCAGCCAAGUUCUACCCUCUAACCAAGAACCAGGAAGUAACAAAAGAUCAUCCAAUGUCGUGGCAAAGCUAAUGGGCUUGGAAGCCUUCUCGGAUGUUAUUUCCACUAAUGAGAGCAGGAUUAUAAAGAUCAAGUCAUGUGCUGACAUAGAUUCUGUUUCAAGAUCACCAAAACCAGCUGGCAUUGGCAAGCACACUCAAGAUUCUUGUUCCCCACGUGUUUUGCAAAAGGAUCCUGCCUCGCCACACUUGGGUAAUGCCAAUUCAAUCAUUAAACUGACUUCACACUCAAGGUUUCCACCUGAACCAGCUCCAUGGAGGCGGCCGGAUACUAGUCAAGGCUCUCGAAAGCAAGCUUUAAAAAGUAGGAAAUCAUCUGCAAUGACCCCAAAUAUGUCCUCUGUUUAUGGUGAGAUUGAGAAAAGGAUAACAGAACUUGAAAUCCUGAAAUCUGGAAAGGAUCUCAUGGCCCUAAAACAUAUGCUUGAAGCAAUGGAGAAAACAAGACAAACGCUGGAGAACAGAAAAGGGGAACUUGCCGAAUCUGCAUCUCAAACAAGCAGAUACAGUGUGAACAUUCUCUCUGAUCCAGAUUUUAGAUUGUUCACACAGCAGGAUCAACGGAGUAACCACCAAGUUCCCACCAUGAAGGGGACUGUCCCUCCAACGACUUCUAUUAUGAUCAUGAAACCAGCCAAAGUGUUUGACAAAAUCAAAAUUUCAAGUUCAUCAGUUCCAGCUCCAGUAACAUCGCAUUUGCAGAAACUCAGAACAAGGGAUUCUACAAAUAACCAGGAGAGUUCAGUUCACAAACAUCCAGGAAAAGAUUUUAUGUCAAGGAAUAAUCUGAAAGAUCCUAGUUGGCAUAUUCGUUCCACUGAUAAGAAUAUCAAUCGGAGAAUUUCAGAAGUACAGCAAACCUCAAAAGCACCUCAAUGCAUUAAGAUACAAAGUAGUGCUACCUGUGGAAGGAGUUCCGGAAUGGCAAGUCCAAGAUUAAAGCAGAAUAAGAAAGGAAUAUACAGGCAAUCUCAUCCCACCACCCCACCGUCCGACUCAGGCACGAUUAAAAAGAAAUGUAGUAAGCAAGUCGUGGCAUCGGGCUCAAAUAGAAAACUACACAUGAGAUCAACCAGUCUGCAGCAUGGUUGUGAUCAAUUGAGCGAGCACAGUGGAGACACAAGAUGCUCAAGUCACCAAAGCGAUACAGCUUCUGUGACGUCAGAAAGCAAUACUAGUCUCAUCUCACAGAUGGAAACAGAGGUCAUCAGCUUGGCUCAUUCCAUUGAGAUGAAUGCCAAACAAAACCAUGAACCCAUACAUAGGAAUUCUGCAGCAAGAUUGAGGGAAGACACAAUAACAGCUGAACUUGCAACAACUAUACUGGAACAACCAAGUCCUGUCUCAGUACUUGAUGCGGCAUUUUGCAGAGAUGACUCACCAUCUCCUGUCAAGAAGAUAUCAACUGCUUUUAGAGAUGGUGAAAGUCCAAAUUUUGACGAGGCAGAAUGGCAUGUUGAGAGUUUACCAGAUCACAAAGGAUUUCCCGGGCAUAGGCACAGAAAAUUAGAUAUGAUUGAGGACUUAGUUCAUAAGCUCAGAUUAUUGAACCCCACUCCUCAUGAGGAUACUCCGGACCACAAUAAAUUCAUGUACGAGAGCCCCAAUCCAGAUCUGCAAUAUAUUACAAAGAUAUUACUGGCAUCAGGACUCCUCAGAGAUGUAAUACCAGUCCCAACUGUCAAUCAGCACCACUCAUCAUACCAUCUGAUCAACCCCGACUUGUUUGAUGUCCUUGAACAAACUGAGCAAAACACAGAGCUGGAAAAUAAAGAACUUCAUGAUGAGAAUGCUUGGUUAAAAUUUAAUCAGAAAAUCCACAGAAAAAUUGUUUUUGAUACAGUCAAUGAAAUUCUUGUUCACAAAUUUGCUUCACAGGGAUUAUUCACCCUGGGACGAAAAAAGUUGAACGAAGACGAGCUUCCUAGAGAAAUUCAUUUAGAGCUGAAUCAUCUUCAGAGAAAGCAAUAUUGCAGCCAAGAUGACAAGAAUGAUGGAUUUGUGAAAAUCUUGAAGGAAGAUAUGAUGCAUCAAUCGGCAGAUUGGGAAGAGUACACUUGUGAGAUCCCAGCCUUCGCAUUAGACAUUGAGCGCCUAAUCUUUAAAGACUUGAUUAAUGAGGUAGUCCUGGGAGAAGCUAUUAGGCGUGCAUAAUUGACCAAGGAUGCAGUGCUGAGUAGCAGAGAACUGUUUACCAUGUAAUUUUGCCAAGCUCUACAUUUCCUAGUUAUGAAUGUUUUUCCUCGUGCCUAAAAUAAAAUAUUUCACAAAUA